UGAUAACCAUCUACAGACAGAGAGCUUAGGUGGAUUGAAAAAGGUGGAAAUGAACAUGGUACUUCCUGUAUGGUUGUUGGAUAUGAAGGGGCAUGUAAUAUUAUAUGGCAUAAGUGUUCGAGGGACAACGCUGUUUCGUGCACAUUAGCAACUCAUCAGUGCGGUUUAAAGUCGAGUGGUGGAGGCAGACAAAAGGGAAAGCAAAUGAAAGCAGAUGAAAACCAGACAAUCGCCACCCGAAACCACGAAAACGAUCGCCAGAUUCCCAUCUACUUGCGCACAAAAAUUGCUCUCCUAAAACUGAAAGAGGCACAACACUCGUUUAUAAGACAUAAAAAUAGCUCUUUGGAGCAAUUUUGGAGCUUCGAAUGCGAAGCAGAAUGACAAUUAUGUUUUUACAUAUAAUCGGUGAUUUUCGAGAUUUUCGAUGAAUGCGUUCAUCAAAAAGGCGGCAAAGACUCCAGUCCCAGCACGACGCCAUUUUGCGCUCAUCAUUACAAACCAACAGCGUAACAGUGCCACCGAAAAAUAUACUACUGCAAUUAUUUUAGGAUCUCUUCAUUCAAAUCGUAGAAAUAUUUUCUCCAUAUUAUAUCUUGAAUUUUUGGCCCUUUGUUUGAAAAACAAUGAAUGAAUGAUUUUGAUCAAUAAAGCUUCUGCAAAACCAUUAGUACAACGUGUUAAUCCUCGAAGAAUAAUUGAUGGUCUGUUGAUAACAACAGUUAGUCAUGGAAUGAUACAAGAUUACUAUUUUCUAAUGCCAAAAAGCAAUUACUCGAUUUGUUCGCGGCAGAUGGUGGGUCGUGAUUGAUUAUGUACUUAUGCUAAUUAUAUAAUUAGUG